ACUGACCGCGCUGGAGUUCAGGAACUGUUGUAGGACGCUUGGCAUGCUUUUUGGUGGCGGAAAUAACGACGGCAGGACAACGAUGCCGUGAAACGACGCAGCAUGAAACCCGCUCAUGAGGCAUAAGACGCAUUGACCUAAGCGUGACAUUAACAACACUGGGUGUUUAAAGACGAGCGACUGUUAUGUCGACGUUGGCAAGCUCUGGCAUGGGCGCCAAGUAUGGAGGACGGAGCUUUCCUGGAACGCUGGACGUGGAGGUCAGUGAAACAAGUCUCCGGUGCUUUGCGGUCCCGUCCGCGUCACCGGAGGCCAUCGGGCACGCUUUGGAGGAGGUCGCCAGCGGUCUACCUUCGUCGGUUACAGAUCUACACCUCUACGGAAUGCCGUGUGUGACACAGUCCGCCCUGCACCGCCUGCUGGAGCGCUGCCCGCAGCUCACCGCGCUGCUCAUGCCGGCUGCGCAGCUGCCCUGCCCGCAGGCGCUGGGGCGGGCGGAGCAGCAGCGGCCCGCGCAGCUGGUGCCGGCGCGGCUGAGCAGGCCGCCGGGCGCCUGGGCGCUGCAGCAGCUGCCGGGGGGCCUGCGGGAGCUGGGGCUCACGGACUGCGGCUCCCUGCACCCAACCUCCCUGGUCCACCUGCGGGGCUUGACCGCCCUCACGCGUCUAUCCCUGCGCGGACUGAGGGUGCCACCGCAACCGCCACAACCGCCACCGCAGCAGCAGGAGCAGCAGCCACAACAGCCCCCGUCUCAGCAGCAGCAACCCGAGCGCUCACCUCAGGCAGCGGCACCUCCAGCCCAGGGAGCCGCUGCACCCGCCAGCCAAGGGGAAGCAGCAGCAGGCCAGCUCUGCCCGUUAGCCGCCUCCCUAGAGUCCUGGACCCGACUCACGAUGCUGCAGGAUCUUGAACUAGUGGGCCAGGCAGGUCCUGAUCCUGGCGACCCAUGGGACGGCCUGCUGCCCGCCCUUCUGCCCUCCACCUCACAGCCACCCAGCGGCCUUACCCGCCUGACUCGCCUCGCCUUCCACCCACCCUCCCUGGCGGACGCCGCAUCCGCACUCGCGCCCCUGGAGCGAUGCCCCACGUUACGCCGCCUCGAGCUCGGCAGCAGCAGUACGACGCCAUUGGCUCUGUACGACGACGCGUGGCGGGCGCUCGCGGCGGCACCUGCCCUGGAGCAGCUCCUGCUGGGGCACUGUGACCCACGGGUCAGCGCCAGUGCCUUGUCAGGAGUAGGUGGUACGGCAGCUGCUGACGUGGGUGCAGCCGCGAUGCUGGCUGCCACGCUGACGAAGUGGGGAAGCGGAGGCGGCCACUGCAGCAGCAGCGGUGCUGGUCUGGGGGCCACCAACUGGGGCGGAUGGAGUCCCAGCGGUGGGGUUGAGUGGGUUCCCCGUGACACCCUCAAAGCGGCUGAAGAUGAGGGCGUCUGGGGAAGCGGCGGCGGCGGCGGUGGCGUGGACGGGGUAGGCGUGGGCGGUCUGGCGGCGGCGCCGUGGGGGCCUUUUGAAGCCGGCGGCGGCAGAGGAGGAGGAUACCUGGGCAGCGGUGGCGGCGGCGGUGGGGUGUACGGCGGGCUGACGACGACGCCGCUUGGGAGUCCGCUGCGGUUCGGAGCAUGGGGCAGCGGCAGCGGCGUAAGCAUUGGGGGUGAAUUGAGUCAUGUUCCCAGCUGGGAUGCGGGAGCCGGUUCAGAUGUAGCGAGGCUGCCACCGACGGGACUGGUUCCUGACGUGCCCGAGGAGGCUAGCCUGGGUAGCUGUACGACAGCUGCCACCCCGCCGCCGCCACCUCCAAGCGGUUUGGGAAGGGGCCUUGGCGGGGGCCUUAGGAGGAACAACAAGGGAUCAGCCGGGGCUAGCAAGGGGCCUUUGUGCCGGCAAGCUGCUGCGGCGUCGCCUGUAGGCGAAGGUAUUGCGUCCGCCCCAGGAACGUCCUUGGGCCGUUUGGUCUUGGGUAUGCUGGGAACAAAGUCAGCAGUGGUGGCGCAAACGGCAGCCGUGGGGCAUGAUGGGCAGUCGAGGGGAGCAAAUGCGGGAGGCACGGUUGCUGCAGCUCCUGGGCUCCAGGGUGGGCUUGUGGAGCCGGCGGCGGCGGCGGCGGUUAUGCCAGCAGCUGACGUCAUCGGGUUGGAAACUGUACCGCCGCCGACGCCGCCGGUCGUCGCGGCAUCAUCACCACCGGCCCACACCACCGCCUACAGCGUCAGCGGCGACGGCUGUAGCGCCCCAUGUGCGAGUGACCCGCCCAGCAGCAGCGACGCACCGAGCACCAUCAGUGAGGCACCUAGCACCAGCGCCAGCAGCAUCGGAGCGGCCUGUCGGAGCGGCCUCAUGGCGACCACGCCUAGCGGCGGCGACGGCAGCGGAAGAACUGGCGGCGGCGGCGGCGGCGGCAGCGGCAGCAGUCCGGUACGUCCGGUAUCUGACAGUGGCUACAGCUGGUGCAGUAGCGGCGGCGGCGCAGAUGAGGUUACAGUGGCCGAAGUGACGGCGGCGAGGACUGCGGCCACAACCUCGGGACUACGUCCUGACCCCGUCGUUGCUGCGGAGACCAAAAGCGAAAACGGACGCAGCGGCUGCGGUGGUGGAAAUGGAGCAUCCCGCGUAAUGACGGUAUCAUCAGACGUCGGUGCAAUGCGGCUCCGCUGCGGCAGCUGGACCAGCGGUGCUGGCCGCCGCAGUAAUGGCGGCGGCGCGUGCAUUGGUAGCAGGUUUGGCGGCGGCGGUAUGGCAGCAGGUACGGCAACAGAGGAGGAAGCGGCCAAUAUCGUGGCGGCGGCGCUAAGUGCGGCGGCUAGGUUCAAGGCCAUGGCCAAGGGGACGUCCGCGUCAGCAUCCGCCGGCAACAGCCCUAUCGGCGGCGGCCGCAGUUUGUACGGCGGUCGCGGGUUUGCAUCAUUUCCCGGCAGUGGGGGUGUCGUACUAGCGGCGCAGGAGGCAACUGCCGCCGUCAACGCAGCAGCAAACUCAGUUGAAGAUUCACAAAAUCGUACAGUUGAUGGUCAAAGGUACGACAGUGCCAAUCGUACGGAGCGCUUCGGGUGCGGCAUUGAAGGCGAGGAAGAAGGCGAGAGUAUGCCCGUACACGCCACGUCGUCGGGUUCCAUCAACUCCAAUGGUCAUGACCAAAGCCGCAACGAACUCUUAACGGACGCCUUCCGUGCAGCUAAGCCGGAGCCGCUGGCGGCAACCAACACAUACGCAACAGCAUGCCGCGAAGCGCUGGCAGUCAGCCCCGCCGGCCCCCAGGUAGCCAUGGCCGCCACCGCUGCCACCGCUGCCGCCGCCGCAGCAGCAGCCACGACGAGCACUGCCGCCCUUACCUCCGUUGCCGCCCGUACCGCUUCCAUGAAGCCUGUCGUACGACAUGACGUCGUACGCAACAGCCCGCCCAGCGAUAUCAACACCACCGCCGCUGCCAUUGUCACCGCCACGGGUGCUCCCUUUCCAACAACGGCCACCGGCCACAGCUUUGGUCUGGGGCGGCGAACUGCAUGUGGCCCGGGAUUGGGGGCCCCAGGCGGCUGCCUGUUUGCCGCCCUCACGCGGCUGUCGCUGCUGCGGUUGCCGGAUGCCAGCCUGCUGUCGCUGGCGGGCUGCUGGCGGCUGCAACAGCAGCUCCGGAGCCUGUCGGCAGCGGACUGCUGCGAGCUGAGUGCGGGGGGACUCACGGCUCUUCCCAAGCUCCGGAACCUAGAGCAGCUUAGCUUGCUGGGCCUAACCGAAACGUACGACACCGUGUUUGGCAGUUGGACGGGACUGUACGAACUGCGAGCGCUGGAGUUGGGCAUGAGCCGGGCGGCGGCGGCGGCUCUGGCGGCAGCGCCGGCGGCGGUGCUUCCUUCCUGUCCAUUACCGGCAUCCUUAGCUAUGGGUGCAAAGGGAGUUUCUACAGGUUUGAACAGCGAUAACAACGAUGUCGGUGAUCGGAGCGGCGGCGCUGAUGGCGACGACGGCAGGAGCGAUGGAGGAAGUACGGAUGCUGCAUUGUACGGCAGCAAGUCAUCAGACAGGUGGACCGCCGCCCUCAGCGAUGCCGGCAGCGUCGACUGCGACAACUGCACUGCCGGCAACGUGAGUGACAUCGAAGACAUGGACGACCUCGCAGCCACCUUUGGCACCGGCACCCUGGGGGGCAGCAGCUGCACCCAACCAGACGGCGGCGCAGGCGGAACCGCGGACUGGGCCGCCAACCUGCCCGCUUUCUUUACCGGGAUCUCCUCCUGUGUCGGCGGACCGGCGGCAUGUCCCGCUUCUCCUUCAUCGCCGCCGCCGCCGUCCUUGCCGUUGCCGCAGCGUCAUACUGACCUUACCCAUUCUGGUUAUGACGGUGAUGCUGCAAACCAAACAGGAGCAUGGGACUUUGGCUUGCGUGAACCGGCGUCGUCAGCAGCUGGCGGCGCCAUUGCUAGCGGCUGUUUGGGUGUUGGUGGGUGGGAUGUUGCGCCUGACGCAAGCUCAGCGGUUAGGUGGGCUCCGCCGAUGGCAGUGGACCUGCAUGGGAGCCGCAGCCAGCAGGGAGGCGGCGCCGCUGCUGCGGAUGAUGAUGUCGGUGCUGCCGUACACCAUCAUCCGUACGGCAGUCCUGCGGGCGGGGGCGGCGGCGGCGACAAACGAGUGCAUGGGGGCCGCCGCGGCGGGGUGCUGUGCGCAGAAUUGGCAGCGGCGGUGGCGGUGGCAGGGGCGGGGGCGGAGCAGGGUCUUGCCGCCGGCGUCACGACGGAUGAGGCAGCGGCGACCGAACCUCUCCUUGCAGCCCCGCUAUCAGACGUUGGCCUGCAGCUGCUGCUGCAGCAGCUGCCGCGGCUCCGACAGCUGCACCUGCACAACCUACCGCACCUCACCCCCGCCACUCUGGAGCAGGUGCUCUCCCGCCCCGGUCUGCGCUGUCUGCAGGUGGACGGCUGCCGGCAGCUCACCCCCGACUGCUGCGAGCUGCUCGCCAUCAGUGCAGCCGACCUCACUGCUGCGGAGCCGCAUGCAG